AUGGUUCUGGUGAUUCGCCUCCUCUUCCUUGCUGGCUCACCUUCUCCUGAAGAUGCUCUUGAUACCUUAUAUCAUUACCCAGACUGCAUUCGUCAUCCUCCUGCUCAGUAUGCACUUUCUCUUUCCUCUACCUACUCCCAAGAGUUCCAGGACUAUGGCAUUGACUAUGAGGAGACAUUUGCUGAUGUAGCGAAGUUGACUACUGUUCAUAUUUUUUUCACUAUUGCAGCUGCUCAUCACUGGCCACUUUAUCAGUUAGAUGUGACUAAUGUCUUCUUACAUGAGGAUCUUUCUGAGGAUGCUCUUCACACUUGGUUUGAACAAUUUCGCAGUGUGGUCCUUGCUCUUGGUUUCACUAAGAGCUCUCCUAAUUAUACCUUCUUCACUCGGCAGAUUCCUCAAGGCCUCACUAUUCUUCUUCUUUAUGUUGACGAUAUGGUCAUUUCUGGUGAUGAUGUUGAUACUAUUCUUUCUCUAAAACAGCGGUUACACACCGAGUUUCAGAUGAAAGGCCUUGGACCUCUUCGUUACUUUUUGAGUCUUAAGAUAAAAGAAGCUAACUAUACUCGGCUUUGUGAGACCAAAAGCAUUCUGACAGUGAACGGGCAGUUUCCGGGGCCAACAAUAUAUGCUGGCAAAGGUGACAAAGUCACUGUCAAGGUUGUUAACCAUGCGGAAUACAACAUCACAUUACACUGGCAUGGAGUUGAUCAGCCAAGAAACCCUUGGCACGAUGGUCCUGCGUACAUCACACAGUGCCCGGUCCCCCCUGGCAGUGAGUUCACCUAUGAUAUCAUUCUCUCUGAAGAGGAAGGCACCAUGUGGUGGCAUGCACACAGUGACUGGGACAGGGCUACUGUCCAUGGCGCCAUCUUCGUCUACCCAAAGCUUGGCUCAUCCUUUCCCUUCGCCAAACCCCACAAGGAGAUUCCCAUCAUACUCGGAGAGUGGUGGAAAGGUAAUGUGAGUCAAGUAUUGGUCGAUGCACUACGAGCCGGAAAUGAUCCAAACAUCUCUGAUGCCUACACCAUCAAUGGUCAACCAGGAGAUCUCUAUGUUUGCUCCAAGCCAGAGACCUUCAUUGCACAAAUUGAGCAUGGCAAGACUUACCUCCUCCGUGUCAUCAAUGCGGCUGUCAACAAUGAACUCUUCUUUGCCGUUGCUGGACACCGACUCACAGUGGUGGGGACUGAUGCAAGAUAUACCAAGCCAUUUGACACAGACUUCAUCAUGAUCACCCCCGGCCAAACAAUGGACCUGUUGAUUGAGGCCAAUCGACCACUCAAUGCAUCAUCAUCAUCAUCCAACAACCGCUACUACAUGGCAGCUAAGCCUUAUGCAAGUGCACUCGGAGUGAAAUAUGAUGAUACUACCACCACUGCUAUCUUAGAGUAUAUCACUCCUCCAAGAAACAUGACAAACAUAGACUCAUCACCAGUUUUUCCAUCUCUUCCAGCUAAUAAUGAUACAGAUGCCCCCACCACGUUCACUGCCCAGCUCCGGAGCCUGGCGAGUGAAGACCACCCGAUUGAUGUCCCGCAGACCAUUGAUAAACGGGUGAUCAUAGCAGUAGCGAUGAAUGUAUUGCCAUGCAAUGAGAAUAAUACAUGCCUUGGUCCUUUUGGCAAUAGGAUUUCAGCCAGCCUCAAUAACAUAAGCUUUGAAACCCCAACUAUAGAUAUACUAGAUGCUUACUACCAUCAAAUUUUAAGGGUUUAUGGAGAAGGAUUUCCUUCUGAGCCUCCACUCAUUUAUAAUUUCACGGGUAAUAACUUGCCGAGAUUCUUAUUGACACCAAAGAAAGCGACGGAGGUGAUGAUGGUGGAGUACAACACAAGCAUAGAGGUGGUGUUCCAGGGGACUAACCAAUUGGCUGCAGAGAACCACCCCAUGCAUUUGCAUGGCCAAAGUUUCUAUGUUGUUGGGAGGGGCUUUGGAAACUUUGACAAGGAAAAGGAUCCUCAGGGUUACAAUCUUGUCGACCCUCCCAUGGAGAACACUGUAGGCAUUCCAAAGAGUGGAUGGGCUGCUGUAAGGUUUCGAGCCAAUAAUCCUGGUGUUUGGUUCAUGCAUUGCCAUUUGGAACGUCAUCUUACGUGGGGGAUGGACACUGUGCUCAUUGUAAAAAAUGGCAGGACACCUGAGUCUAAAAUUCUAUCUCGCCCAAUGAACAUGCCCCAAUGUUAA